AUGCGGCUUCUCCAACCUAUCUGCUUUAUGUCAAGCCGUGUUCGCCUGUCAUGCUCUGUUCCGAGUUCGUUAUCUUCCAAUGUUCAAGUAUACACAAAUCCAAUUUCAAAGCUUGUUGUAGGAGCAAAAAUCUUCUCCCUUUCCUCUAGUGGUGUAACUCUAGCUGCACAACCCUUUGUCAUGUCAAAAUUUGCCUCCUUUGCAACAUUUGCUCCAUUUUUUGUCUCCAGUUUAGCUUUCGCUCUCCUUACCCCAGCUCUUCUUCAUGUACUCACUCGAUCAUGCGUUUUUUCCAUUACUUACGAUAAGAACAAAUCGAAAUUUACCGCUUACACAAAAUCCAUCUUCCUUCGAUCUAAGUCCAUUGAGUUUGACGAAAGUGAUGUUUCUUAUUCAGUUGCCAGUUUAAGUUUUGCUAACAUGACUGUCCGGAGUAUGGUAAGGUCGCCUUUGGUCUUAAAUCUAUCUCGAGCUUAUAAAAUGGUUGGCUUUCGGGUUCAACUUAAGAAUAAGGCCCGUGCUUCAGGACAUACAUUGAAACCAUUUGUAGAUUCUAAGUAUGUGGUAGUACAUGCUGGACAGGGUGGUGACGGCUGCAUUGCUUUUGAUCGACUUUUCUGUAAUCCCAAUGGGGGCCCGAGUGGCGGUGACGGUGGCAAUGGAGGCCAUAUAAUUUUUGAGGCUGAUCCCUCAAUUCACGAUCUCUCGCAUAUUAGUUCAAUUCUAAAGGCUCCAGAUGGAUGCAAAGGUUCAGGAAGUAAUCGUCAUGGAGCCAGUGGGAAACAUCUCAUCGUUGCGGUGCCUCUGCAGACUCAGAUUUUCUCCGUAUCUCCGAAAGCUGAGGAAGAGGAGAACAUGAGCUUGUUGAAAGUUCUCUCUACGCCCUCAGAGACAAUGAUCGCAGCUCGUGGGGGUGCGGGAGGUCGAGGGAACGCCUUUUUUGCCUGCGCCAAUCAGCCUCGUCACUCUAAUUCUCAUUGGAGAGCCCGGGAGGCUACGCUGAGACUCGCUGAAAGGGGUUCGGUGGGUCAGACACGACGCCUUUUACUGCGGCUGAUGAGUUUCGCUGAUAUUGGGCUUGUGGGUUUCCCUAAUGCUGGCAAAUCCAGUCUUCUUCGACGUCUUACUCGUGCGAGACCUCGAGUCGCCCCCUAUCCUUUCACCACCCUUCAACCACACGUCGGUACCCUGGAAAUUCCUCCACAAAAUGGAAAAGAAACGCUGAAACUAACAAUCGCGGAUCUUCCCGGGAUUAUCGAAGGAGCUGCCACUCACAAUGCCGGCUUGGGGGCAUGCUUCCUGAGCUUCAUCGAGAGAUGUCGGGCUAUCGUCUACCUAAUUGACGCGAGCACUGUUCUGAAUGCCGAAGGAAGUGAAGCUCACUUUGUUUCUUCAAGCGACGCUACUUCCAAAUUCUCUCAACAAUUAGGUACACUCCUUCGGGAGUUGCAGUUGUUCAAUCCACAUCUGCUUGACUCCUCACGACUGUCCCUUGUGAUUGGCACGAAAAUUGACCUUGUGGUACCACCUUCUGGGGGUUCGGAUUCCCUUAGUAAAAUUUCCCAAUGCCUGAUUGAAGCCGCUCGACGUGUGCGCUUGAUGUCACCCCAAAUUCUUCUCAUUUCAUCACUACGUGGAGACGGCGUCGAUGAAUUGGUAGAAGUACUUUCAAAUAAACUCAGUAAACGAGAGUAG